AUGGCGACCAAAGUACCUCCACUUCGGUGCCGGUGCCGGUUGCGUCGUGGCAUUCCCAGGCGCGCCCUGCGCCUGCUGGGGCGGCGUGGGGGCUUCUCGUCGGCGAUGGGCCGGCGACUGCCCGGCGCGCCGCGCCGCCCCUUGCCGAGAAAAUGGCGACUGAAGUACCUCCACUUCGGCGCCGGUAUCGGUUGCGUCGUGGCGUUCCCAGGCGCGCCCUGCGCGUGCUGGGGCGGCGUGGGAGCAGGAAAGGCCACUGCGACGGCAGCGGGGUUCCUUGGCAGUGCAGUGCCACCCAUAGGCACUCCCUGCGACGGCGCGAACGCCCGGCGGUCUCGUUGCCUGCACAUGCGGCCUCCUCCAUCCCAGUCCGUGUCCAACACAUCUCGAUUUGGAUGGACAGUCCGUGUCCUUGUUCAACUCAAAUCAAGAUUGUUGUUGGCUGUUAUAAGAAGGGAGGGUGCUCGGCCCGAAUCUUCGUCGGCUCCUAUUUUGGACGAAGCAUCCCAUGUCGCCAACAAGUUCACCGCAGGAAGAAGCGUCGAGUUCGUCGGAGAAAGAAGCGCCGACUUCGCCGGAGGUAGAAGAUCAUCCGUCGAGCACUCCAAUGUCGCCUGCUACGGCUACACCAGAGUGCUGCCAGCCUCACCCUGUUGGGGAAGGGAGGUCCGCGAGGGGUGGCCGGCGGCUGGGGCGGAUUACGAGCACGGACGAUUGUUUUCAUUACACGAACAGAUUGAGCACAAGAUUGAUUUUCUUGAACAAGAGCUUCUACAUACCGAACAGUCGAUAAUUGUGGUAGGUCAUUCUAUUGGCGGGUACAUAGGUAUGGAAAUAUGCAAAAGAUUCCAGAAGAAGGUAAUUUCUUUUGUGGGGCUUUAUCCAUUUUUGACAUUGAACAAGAAUGCUAUGAAGCAAUCAGCAAUUGGAUAUGUUGCAAGGUCAUCUCUCCUUAGUAAAGGGGUUAGUUUGUUUGCGUCUUUCAUCGGCUCACUCCAGGCUUCAGUUACAAGGAGCAUUGUGAAAAGGUUCCUUGGAUCUUCGUGGUCUGCCACAGCCAUCGAUGCUGGAUGUAGCCAUCUCUUGCAGUACCACACGAUGCGCAAUGUGCUUUUCAUGGCAAAGACAGAGUUCCUAAAGCUUCAUGAAGAACCAGACUGGAAUUUCAUCAGAGCAAAGCAGGACCAAAUUGCUUUUCUGUUUGGUGUGGAUGAUCACUGGGGCCCACUAACUCACUUAGAAGAGAUCUCAAGGCAUGCUCCGGGGGUUGCCCUGUCAAUAGAGAAAGAGGGUCACACACAUGGCUACUGCUGCAGGGAGGCCGGAUCCUUCUGGGUUGCUGACUACGCCGCGGACUUGAUUAAAAAUCGGAUGCUCGUUAGAGAUAGACGAUGA